GCCGCCGCGCGGGCUGCGCUCGCCUCUCGCCCGGGAAGCUCCGGGCCGCCGGAGUCCUGGGGCCUGCCGCGGCCUCCUUCCCCGGGCCCCAGGGGCCCAUGGGUCUCCAUGGCGACGGCAGGGGCCCGGCGGGGGGGCGAGCUGCCCGGGUGGGGCCGCGGCGCUCCGGGGGCCUGCGCGGCGGCUUGGCCGUGUUCGCCGCCGUGGCCGCCGUGUUCACCCUCACGCUGCCCCCCUCGGUGCCGGGGGGAGACUCGGGGGAACUGAUCACAGCCGCACAUGAGCUUGGGGUUGCCCAUCCUCCUGGCUAUCCUUUGUUCACUCUGGUGGCUAAACUAGCAAUUAUACUCUUUCCUUUUGGUUCAGUUGCCUACCGCGUCAAUCUUCUGUGUGGCUUCUUUGGAGCAGUAGCUGCAUCAUUACUUUUUUUCACCGUUUUCAGGCUUUCUGGCUCAUAUGCUGGAGGAAUCCUUGCUGCGGGGGUGUUUUCAUUUUCUCGUCUAACAUGGCAGUGGUCCAUUGCAGCAGAGGUUUUUAGCUUAAACAAUCUGUUUGUGGGGCUGCUUAUGGCUCUUACUGUACAUUUUGAGGAGGCAGCAACUGCAAAAGAAAGAUCAAAGAUAGCUAAAAUUGGUGCUUUCUGCUGUGGCCUUAGCUUAUGUAAUCAGCAUACAAUAGUACUCUACGUUUUGUGCAUAAUACCAUGGAUUCUCUUUCGACUUUUAAAAGAGAAGGAACUCUCCCUGGGCUCUUUGUUGAAGUUAAGUCUGUACUUCUGUGUUGGUUUGCUGCCCUACGUCUACCUUCCUGUCUCAUCCUACCUCAAUCAAGCCCGUUGGACCUGGGGAGACCAGACAACAUUGCUAGGAUUUUUGACACAUUUUCUCAGGGAAGAAUAUGGAACAUUCAGUCUGGCCAAAUCUGAAAUAGGAUCCAGUAUGUCUAAAAUUUUGCUUUCUCAAGUAACAAGUAUGAGGACCCAGCUCUCAUUCAACAUUCAAGCCCUUGCGAUUUGGGCAAAUAUAUGUUUAGCAAGAAAGGACAGACAGACUCCAUCUUUAGUAUGGCUUUUUACUGGAAUGUUUUGCAUUUAUUCACUGUUCUUUGCUUGGAGGGCGAAUUUAGAUAUUUCAAAGCCACUUUUCAUGGGUGUGGUGGAAAGAUUCUGGAUGCAGAGCAAUGCGGUGGUGGCUGUCCUUGCUGGCCUCGGCUUGGCUGCGCUUGUUUCUGAGAGUAAGCGAGUGCUGAACACCAGUGGGCUUCAGUGGUUGGAAUGGCUUUCAGCAACUCUUUUUAUAAUUUACCAAAUAUAUUCCAAUUUCAGUAUUUGUGACCAAAGGACCAACUAUGUGAUUGAUAAAUUUGCAAAGAACCUUCUAGCUUCUAUGCCUCGUGAUGCAAUUAUCUUACUCAGAGGAGAUUUGCCAGGGAAUUCUCUCCGUUACAUGCAUUAUUGCGAGGGACUGAGGCCAGAUAUUUCACUAGUGGAUCAAGAAAUGAUGACUUAUGAGUGGUAUUUACCCAAGAUGGCAAAGCAUUUACCUGGUGUCAACUUUCCUGGAAACCGAUGGAAUCCUGUGGAAGGAAUAUUACCUAGUGGAAUGGUCACGUUUAAUCUUUAUCAUUUUCUUGAAAUAAAUAAACAGAAAAAAACAUUUGUUUGCAUAGGAAUUCAUGAAGGUGAUCCAACGUGGAAAAAGAACUAUUCACUGUGGCCCUGGGGCUCUUGUGACAAAUUAGUUCCUUCAGAGAUUGUAUUCAACCCUGAGGAGUGGAUUAAACUUACAAGAAAUAUUUAUAACUGGACCGAAGAAUAUGGAAGGUUUGAUGCGUCUUCUUGGGAGUCUGUGGCCAAUGAAGAGAUGUGGCAAGCAAGGAUGAAAACACCAUUCUUCAUCUUUAACCUGGCAGAAAGUGUGAGCGUCCCUUCAGCUGUGAAGGCUCAACUCUACACUUACGCAUAUAACCUUUAUAAGGAGAUUGUCUAUUUACAAAAGGAACACCCAGUGAAUUGGCACAAGAACUAUGCCAUCGCCUGUGAGCGGAUGUUACGCCUCCAGGAAAAAGGCACAGACCCUGAAGUCUUGAUAUCUGAAACCAUCAGACACUUCCGUCUCUACACCCAGAAAGCACCAAAUGAUCCCCAGCUGCCUGAUAUUUUAAUUGCUCUAAAGCACUUAAGAAAAGAACUGCAAAGUCUGAGAAAUAUGAAAAAUGUCUGAGGCAGCAGAAUGUGAAAAACCUGCUCAUCAUUCAGCUUCCAAAAUUCCGAAGUCCAGAAGUUUUUCCUCCAAGAAAAAAAAUUGCAAAAAAAAAAGAAAGAAAGAAAGACUAAGUCCUCUCCCAUCACUAAGCAAUACUAUUUAGUGGGAUGUUUUAGUUAUUGUGAUGUGGUGGGUAUGCAAAUUCUGUUUAUCCCACAUCACCAAAUUAGCAUUUCAGUGAGAAUCUUCCAGAAAACAUUCCUACUUCCUCAGUCUUUCACUUAAUGACUUUGCUUGGUUAGAUGCUAGAAGAGAAUGGACGAUUUUCAAGUACUUUCAACAUCGAUUGCAAAUCUUUUAAGGGCCCCUGCUUACUGGGAUAAGUUUUGAAGAUUAAAUUCUUAAAAUAUUAAUACCAGACCAAAGACACAUUUUCUGUCUCCCAAAAGCGAUUUUUUUAAGAGUGAAUCUUGCUCUGCUUCAAGUUAAAAUACUUUUUUUUUCUUUUAAGUGGCUAUGGUUGUUACAUAAUUUCACAAUGCAAGCCAAACACCAACCCAGUGAAUAUUUUUUAAAAAGUUGGAGUUUUAUUGUCUUUGAUAAUUCUCUGAAAUCAUUAAAAAAUAAAGCUAAUUUGUUGUUUGCUCUCUUUCAGUUGCAUAAAGUGGCAAAUAAAAAGGAUUUUGUAUUUCCUCACUUAA